AUGGUGUCCCGUCUCGACCGGAUCCUCAAGGGCUCGCCUCCGACCGGCGUCGACAUCCCGCGGACGGAAGUCCCAAAGGGGGGCCAAGCGGGUCUCACGAAAUUCAGCGGAGGGAGCCGUCCCCGCGGCGCUCCCGCGCCGACACUCCUCCAGAGCCUGCGCCAGGUCGGAAUGUCUCCCGCCCCAACCUCCUCCCACGUCCAAGGCAGGCCAUCGGGUCAAGUCCCUGACGGCGGGGCCGCUGACUCGUGGCCGCGCUGCAGCUUCCAGCAAGGGGGGAAUGGAUCACAGGAGCGCCAGUCCAGGCGCCGGCCAGGUGGGAGAUGCCGAGUCGAGACCGGCGCCUCCUCGAGAGGCUCCUCCAAUCCCCGGCCGUCGACUGGUGUCGAGGGUGCUCUGCCCCGUCAAUUGGUGGGGGAGUCUGCUCCACCGUCGCCGAAGCGAAUCGAGGUGCCCCGUCCUCACGAACAGGAGGGAGCCCCCGAGCCUCCCCGUUCUGGGCUCGAGGAGGAUCCUAUCACAAUAAGUGAUGGGUCUGGCAGCGACGGUCCUUCCAAGGACACCCGCCCCAUGGACGAGGAGGUCGAGGCCUCUCCCACCACAAAGCGGACGCCUUGGCCCAUCGGGCUCCAUUCUGUCGAGGAGCGGAGGAAGAAGGAGGAGGAGGAGCACGAGCGGGAAACGCGGCAACAGCCGCAGGAGGGGCAGCAGGAGGAAAGAGAGGAAGGGCGGCAGCCAGAAGGUCCCCAGCUCGAGGAGCUACUGGAGUAG